CCCUGUGCUAAUUUAAAGUGGCGGCACUGUCAACCGGGUGCGCAAGAUCGAUUAAAUUUAUGUGUAUGAUCCUUUGUUUGAUGUCGUUUACGGUUGGUUCGUUUGGUUGCCGCUACAGGAAUUUUACAUCCACCAUAUUGAAGUUGGUAUUACGAGGACACCGAGGACACCACUAAUAAAAGCGACAGGAGCGAUUCUGUUUUUACAGAUAAAAAUAAGUCGUUCUAAAAAGUUUUUUGGCGAUAUUAAUAUCUAUGUCCGUUUGCUUAUCAAUAGCGAAUAUUAUAAAUUUGUUUAUAAUUGGAUCGUUCGUUCAGAUUGACUGAACCAGCCGAAACGUAGUAUGUGGUUAUAUUGACAAAACGAUUCUACAAUAAUGGCUGCAACUAGAAAACUACAAGGUGAAAUUGAUCGAUGUUUAAAGAAAGUCACUGAGGGUGUUGAGACAUUUGAGGAUAUUUGGCAGAAAGUUCACAAUGCCACCAACAGUAAUCAGAAGGAAAAAUAUGAAAAUGACCUUAAAAAGGAAAUCAAGAAGCUGCAAAGGCUACGGGAUCAGAUUAAAACUUGGAUAGCCUGUGGUGAAAUCAAGGAUAAAAGUUUAUUAAUGGAGAAUCGGAAAUUGAUUGAAACUCAAAUGGAGAGGUUUAAAGUGGUCGAGCGGGAAACAAAAACGAAAGCAUAUUCCAAAGAAGGACUUGGUGCUGCUCAGAAAUUAGACCCCGCGCAGAAAGAACGUGAGGAAAUCCAGAGUUGGUUGGUCAGUUCUAUAGACAGUCUCAACCUGCAAGUUGAGAAGAUUGAAUGUGACAUUGAAUCACUCCUGGUGAACAAGAAAAAGAAGCUAGACAAAGAUAAACAGGAGCGGGUGGACGAGCAUAAAACCCACCUAGAAAAACAUCGCUUCCACGUUCGAAAAUUGGAAACAUUAUUAAGAAUGUUGGAUAAUAUGUCAGUAGAGGUUGCACAAAUUAAGGGAAUCAAAGAUGAUGUUGAUUACUACAUUGAGGCUGGUGUUGAGCCAGGAUAUGAAGAGAACGAUUUUCUAUAUGAUGACAUUAUUGGCCUUGAUGAAGUGGAGCUGUCGGGCGUCGGACUGCCUUCGUCGGCGACGACGGACAGCAACGAGACGGGCGGAACACCUACGUCGAUUAUUUCUAGCUCAUCCCCAUUGGCAUCGCCACUGCCAACUAUACCACCAUAUAAUCAUUCCAGUGAUAGCUCCAAUGAUGACAAGAAAACGUCCAGUAAAGAACAACCAAAGCCUAUAAAACCACAGGCAAUAAGGGCAUCAAGUACAACUAUGAACAGUAGCUCCAACUCCGUGUUAAAUACAAGUUCGAAUAGUACAUCGUCGACGCCGAACAACAAGCCGACGCUAGUUAGCAGUACACCGAGUAAAACACGGGAAAAUUCAUCACCGAUCUCACAACAGCCAACUGGGAAUUUCGCUGCGGUUGCGGCGAAUUCUGUUUGUAAGCCUACUACUAAUAGUAAAAGUAAGAUUGCUCUAAGCAACUUAUUUACAUUCGAGGGCAUUAUACUAAUUGGUGUUAUUUUUUUAGCUAAUAAUACAGAAAUUAUUCCAGCCCCUGUGAUAAGCACCGCAAGCAAUCCAUCGGUACCACUGAUAAUUAACGCACAAAAUUCAAUCUUGCAUAAUCCACCUGUAACGCAAACGGUGAAUCAGCCGAUGUCUCUGACAAACUUGACGCAAAAGGUGGCGUCAAACAAUGAAAAUAUUUGUGUCAGUCCUGAGAGCAGCAUAAGUAGUCGAACGUCGCCGCUGCCUAGCGUGGAGAACAUCUUGCUGAACAAUCAGCAUCCGCAGCAGCAGACGAUGAAUGGUUCGACGAACAUGGACGAAAAACUGACUGACAUCACGCUGAAAUCUAUUGCACAGCAAGCAAUAGAUCGCGCCGGAUUAGACAGCAUUGAUAUGCAGCAGAACACCCAAGCGCACAACAAUCAAGUACAUUCGAACCAAGUUAUGUUGGAAACGAACAAAUCCAAUCAGACGGCCGCCAAAACAGAGGCGCGCAUUCCUCCGCUCUUGGGUGUUGCACCUUUGGGCACCGUUCCGUUACAAAAGGAACAUCAAAUUCAAUUUCAAAUGAUGGAAGCUGCGUAUUUACAUAUGCCGCAACCGCAGGAUUCGGAACGACUGAGGACUUAUCUGCCGCGCAAUCCAUGCCACACGCCGCCGUACUACAUUCAACAACCUCUGCAACAGUCUGACACCCUUGAGUACUAUCAGCGACUGGCCACCGAGACGCUGUUCUUUGUGUUCUAUUACAUGGAGGGCACAAAAGCCCAGUACUUGGCAGCUAAGGCUUUGAAAAAGCAAAGUUGGAGGUUUCACACCAAGUAUAUGAUGUGGUUUCAGCGACACGAAGAGCCGAAGGUUAUCAACGAAGAGUAUGAACAGGGAACGUAUAUUUACUUCGACUACGAAAAAUGGGGACAACGUAAGAAGGAGGGAUUCACAUUUGAAUACAAGUACUUAGAAGAUAGAGACUUGAAUUAAAACAUAGAUUAAUAAAUGCAAUAUGUUCGCAAA